AUGGCUCACCCAACAAUAAGCUAUGAGAUCAAUUAUCGUGAUUCACUUGAUAUAUUCAAUUCAUUCGUUCAAUAUUUAUUGGAUUUUCACUUAGCCACGGAGGAGAGCGAAUUCGUUAAAUUUAAAAUAUUCAGCAUGAGUAACUUCGGUAAGCGAAACCUCUUUCCAGUUCUUAUUCGAGUGAUUAAUUCACCUUAG